AUGACAGACAAUGAAGCGUUCCGGUUCCUCGACCUCCCCAAGGACAUCCGCCUCGAGAUCUACGACCUUUUCCCUGCCGAAACACGUCGCUACACAGUAAAAACGAUACGUGGGCGAGCCAUGCCGCGCAUUAGCGUUGCUACAAAGCGUAUCCCGUGCAUGGGACUGCUCACCACUUGCCGGCAAAUAUACCACGAAGUCUCUAGCGUACUGGCUUCAAGGUUGGACGGUGAGCCACUUCGUAUCUUUACGAAUUGGGAAGAAAUGUGUAUCCCCACCAUGAAUCUUCUGAUGAUGUGUACACCGGCAUUUAUCGAAGCCGACGAAACUGUCUCACUCCUCGAGCGUCACCAUUCCAGCGGCCAGGUCAACCUUCAAACUCCUAAUCUGCGCGAAGUCCUCCGUCUUCACAACGCACUACCCACUGGUCCAAAACUUGAAGUCGAGUUUACCGUUGAGGUUGACAAUGAGCUUCUACGUCCUGAGAAUCUACAGUUGAUGAGGACGGCUGUUGGAAUAUUCUACGGGUGGCUUGCAGGGAUGAGCGACAAUCAGUUGCUCAUUGACGAGGGCGGUUUCAUUGACAUUACAAUCCGGCCUAAGCCGAAGACAGAGACGAGCAAGAAGUUACUGGCUAAGGAGCGACUGUUCGAUCAUGAAACGUUCACGAAGGAGUUCUGGCUGGAGAAGAUGUGGACUAUUCACACCGGUGAGUGCAUGACCGAGAAGGAGUGGCAACGCAACUGGGAGGAAGGCAAGCACUUCGGAAAAUUGAAGCGUAUCUAG